AAAUGGCGCGCUCAAUUUAAAUCUGAUUGAGUCAUUUUGAUGAUUUAACCAAACUCAUUGAAAAAGUACGUACUUUGCGGUUUGAACCAACUCAGCAGCAACAUAUUGGAUAUUAGAUGUCAUGGGAAUUGGCAUUGGGCUCAAGGUCUGGGCGCGGCCUUUCGGAGCUUAGACGUGUGGUUAUACACGAGGCUACUUUUACACAAACGAACCUUGAGUUUUUGGUUUCUACUUGAAAGUAGUACGAAUUCAUCUUCAUUUCACAGUACCGAAGUGUUGCAUCGACUUGGAAUGAUGCUUGUAUCCUAUUUGUUGAUGGAAUAUAUUUGUGGUCAAACGUUCGACAUUGAAUCCUGCUAGUUUUUCUACUCAAUGUGUCCAUCGUAAGCAGUUAAAUAUUAUGUGCGUCUCACUUUUUGGGAAACAAGAUGUAAACAAUAUUAUUCUUUUAGUUUCAGGCAAUUUCGAAUCUACUCAAUUUCGCAACUCAGUGAUCUUGAGACUAUCAUUUACAAUGAAAGUUACAUUUCUUUAACAUUGGUACUCCUCAAUUCAUCUCAUAACCUCUCAGUAAACCAAUGUCGUCUACUGCAUCUGUAGUCCCCAAUGUUUCAUAUCAUUUGCCCAAGCCUGUUACACAGAAUUUCCAGCACUUCGAUUGUGGUUCUGAUGGGUCAGUGUUGGGAUUCAACCAUCAGUCUUCUCAAAAUAAUGAUUAUGGGCCUACUACUAAUUUUAUGAAGUCAGAAUCAUCUAUAUCCGCUUCUAAACUAGUUUCCUAUAACUUAGAUAACGCUUUACGUCUAUCAUUAAAGUCAUCUACAGUCCCGCUUAAUGGGCAUAUAUCAAAUUAUACAGAAAAACUGUCUCAGCGACCUUUGUCUUUCCAUGAAUCGUCAGCCCCUCCUCUGGAUUCAAUAAUUAAGCAGAAAAUCCAAAGUUUACCCAGAUCUUUGAUCCUAGAAGAUUCGGAAGAAUGUAAAUCCGUCAAAAAAAGUUCUCCUGAAAAUAAACUCCUAUGUUCUGAUGAUGAACUUGAUCAUUUAUGUCAAGCCGGUGCUCAUUGUAUUCCUAAAAGAGCUUUGGGAUUUGGUAACUCUGGGAAUACAUGUUAUCUUAACUCUGUGCUUCAAUGUAUUUUGGCUACUGGACCUCUACUUGCAUAUAUUAACCAUAAACAUUCAAACCCUAGUAGCUGUAUCAUAACUAAUGGUCGGUCCAGCCUUCCAAGCUUAAACAAAUCUCGGUUUUGUGUUUUAUGCGGUCUUUCUCGUCUUAUUAAUGAACAUCACUCUCAAAAUGGACGUACAAUUCCUUCUUACUUUGUAACAAAUGUUCGAGCUAUUUGUCCAAGUCUUCGUCCUUAUCAACAAGAAGAUGCACAUGAAUUUCUACUUGGACUUUUGUCAAGAAUGGAAGAUAGUUCAUUGGCAAGUUUUGGCAAAGUGUCUCGUAAAAUAUCUGAAACAAAUGUCAUCAGGAGGAUCUUUGGUGGUAUAAUACGUUCAGAAGUGACAUGUCGUUCUUGCCUCAAAGUUUCAGCGCGGGAUGAACAAUGCUUUAAUUUGUCUAUGGAUAUCACUUGCGCUCGAAGUUUACAGCAAUGUCUGUGUAAUUAUAUUCGUAGUGAAGAGUUAUCAGGUCAAAAUGCAUAUAAAUGUGAAAAUUGUCAUCAACUUCGACCAGCUAUGAGAAAAUGUACCAUUUAUCGAGCACCACCUAUACUUAUUAUCCAGCUAAAUAGAUUUUCACGUCAUCAAAAACUUGAUAUACGUGUAGAUUUUCCUUCAUCAUUUAAUUUACGUCCAUUUAUGACACAAUCAAAAGGUUUACCAAUAUUAUAUAAAUUAUAUGCUAUAGUUAAUCAUGAAGGAUAUAGUUGUCGUAGUGGACAUUAUGUAUCAUUUACUUUACGUCAUGGUCAAUGGUUAUCACUUAAUGAUAGUUUUGUUUCAACAACAAAUCCUGACCAUGUUUUACGUCAGUCACCCUACCUACUGUUCUAUGAAGCGGUUCGUAAUUCAACUAACGGUACAGUUAAUCGUACAGUAACCUCUAAGGAAUCUUCACUCGACGCUAAUACUCCGAAGUUAAAUAACUCCCAGUUACCUCCUGUUAAUGAUACAGUCAAACAACAACAGUCUAUUACAAAACCUUAUUUACCAUCAUCAUCAUCGUCUACACAGCCUAAUCAUCAUAAAACUUUUAACAUAAUAAAACAAACAAAUUUACUACCUGUCACCACAUCAUCUGUUAUUUCUCAAAGUACUUCAUUUACUAAGACACCAACAAUUAAUUCAUUGUGUUGCAGUAAUCCUACCACAAACACGGUAUCAUCCGUACCGAAAAUUGUUUUUAAUCCUAAACUUUCAUUAAAUAAAAUAAACAUCCUACCCUCACCAAUUGUUCCUUCUACAUCGAUAUCAAAUGAUCCCAUUAAUUCACUGUCAAUUACUUCGAAGAGUAAAAAUAUUCAAGAUAUCGUAGAGUGUGGUAAGAAUCAUCAUUCAAAUAUUAUAUCAACAGUACCUUCAGCCAGCAGUAGUACUAGUGGUACGAAAACAACCAUCUCUUUAUCAGCGGCCACUGUCCAGGAGUUGCUCUAUGGAAAAGAAACAUCAUCAAAUUUAUGGACUGAACGUCCAACACCAAUAAACGACUCUGUUUUAUCAUUAUCGUCGACUUCAUCAUCAUCUUCAACAAUAACAACAUUAUCUUAUUGUAUUAAAAAUCCGACUAGUGAACAAUCAUCAGUUACUCUUUGUAAUAAUUCAGAUAAUCUAACCACAAUCAGUACUGCAAAGGUACAAACCACCUCAUCUCAAUUACCUUCAGUUAAUACUGCAGGCUUAAAAGAUAAACAACAUGAAUUGACAAAUCCUUUAGUGGACUAUUCUUAUGAGGAAUCGGACAGUGAUAAAAAUGGUUCACCACCUCCUCGCAAGCGAAGUCGAACAACAUACAGUGGCUCUGACUCUGGCAUUGUUUGGGUUCCCGGCAAUCAUAAUGAAAAAUCCAAAAAGCAUCAUACUUAUAAAUCUUCAUCAGAUGAACAUAAACGUCAUAAGAAAAAGCAUAAAAGUCGUCAUUCGUCUAAACACAGUUCUUCCCAUCAUAAUUCAUUGAAUGGUUCCGACGAUAACCAUCAUCAUCAUAAUCAUCGUAAUCGGGAGCUCGAUCGUAGCAGUAGUCUGCCUCGUCCUUCUUCUCAUCAUCAUAAUCAUGACAAGCAUCGUCGCCGUCAUCAUCAUAAAAAAUAUCGGCAAGAGUCACCUGAUUCCAAAAAUCACCGCUUCCAUUCACAUCAUAAACAUUAUAAACAAUCUCAUAGUCAUGAAAAUGGAUACAGGUAAAAAAAAAAGAAAUCCCACUGUUUAAUCUGCUGCUUCUACAUCAAUCAAUUAUUUUUUGCAUGCAUUCUUACACUGAUGGAACUUGUACUUCAAUCUCUUUCUAUCCUUAAUAUAUAUGAUAAACACAUUGUCUUGAAUUGGCCUACCAUAUCUGCAAAGAAAAAUUAUUUUUCAAAUCACAAUGCAAAAUGAAUUCAUUAACAUAGAUCAGUAUUUGUCUAUAACCUGGUGUGUAUUGCUUAUAAAGUCACCUUUCUAUCUCUUCAUUAUCCUGACUUUUGUAUUUAAAUUAGGUCUAAAUAAUCCAAACACAAAAAUGUACAGUUAUCUUCUUUUUCUCCUUCUUUAAACCAUCAUGUUAUCGACGAAUGACGAUUACACAAUCAAUUCAUCCAUAUGAUAUAACAUUGCAUACAUUAUUCAAGUCUAUAAAAAUUGAAGAAGAAGAAGAAGAAGACGAAGAAAAUAAGAAAGACUGAAAUGUAUUGUAAUUUAUUAUUUCCUAAAAUCCUACCAAAUUUUAAAUGAGGAUUAUAUAUAGAUAUAUAAAGUGGUAUUACUGCUCCAUUAAUUAACGUUCUGUAUUAUUGUCUUUAAUGUUAUUAAUUCUUUUUUUUUACUUGUUUACUUUAAAGUGAUGUCGUUUACGCUUUUUCAGUGUUUUUUUUUCUGUACGUAGAUAUAAAAGUUUUCGAAGAAGAAUUUUGUUUUGGGUCCUCUAGUCUGUUUGUUUGUUUGUUGAAGAAAAACCAUUGUAGAAAUUGAUAAUUUCAUUAACAAACGAUAACAAAAUCGUUUGAAAGAAAAGUUCAUAAUCAAUGAGGAAGCCUGUUUCAAAUAUCCAUUUGACCUUAAUACGGCCGAGAGUGGGAAGAGUCAACGCUCCCUCUCGAAAUGCUCUCACGUGCAUACAACCACUGCCAUGGAAGUCCUUGCUGCGUAGGUGUUGUUUACGAAAUUGAAAGGAUGUAAAGCGAAUAUCUGGCGCUUUAAUCGGUUUGUUGGAUACGGAGGAUCCACCUGGGAGAGGGGGGUUGAAAAACCCUGAUUCCAAAUCAAUGAUGCAUAUGGGUUCCAGUAUCCUGAAGGAACAAAAGGCGUAUGAACCUAUUGUUGGUCACUGGCUACCAUAGGACUGCAUCAGCUUACAUUGUUCCACUGCCUUGUGGAUCAGACCUUUAGGUCGAAGACUCGAGGAGUGGCUUCUUAAGAAAACAAAGUGCUUCGACUUGGGUGUGCGGGCAUUAUUCCAGUCCUCACACAAAUCGAAUGAUUUAUGUGGCUGCUGUCUGUUUUGUGCCUCCUUGUAUCAAUGUUUAUUUGUUUAAAUAAAUACAUUUUGUUCAGUUCGCCAUUACCGCGUUAGUACGACAAAAUGAAACUGAUAAGUUGAAUAGAAAAGUAGCUGAAGUAAUGUGGUCGCAGUGAUAAUUAGAAAGACUGAGAAUAUAGUUCGAAGCAAAACUUUGCGGAAAGGUAUGUAUUCAGAAAUACUGGGACUCUAAAUCUAUGGUAUGACAGAUUGAAUGUAUUUGCACCAUUGUGACUGAUUCUGAGACAUGUCACACAACAUCCCCAACCAAUUGUCGCACGGUAGUCUUCAUCAAACAACGUGGCUCACAUUAACAAUUUGUGAUUUCAGUGACAUUUCAGCGUUUAACUAACUACAAGCGUAGAAUGGUUCAGCUACUCAUGUUUGAAAACUUGACAAGAAUGAGAAUUGUACAUAUGAUUGAAAUCAUUUAUUCCGUUAGCGUACUUACAUUGCCAGUACCAUACAUUCAGAUCCUUCAGAAUAUAAUCAAGCCUGACACAACUGCUAGUUCCUGGUAAUGUAGAGAGGUAGUGAAAGACCGUCAUUCAACUUAAUUUGCUUUUGUACAUAUCUUUCAUUAUGCAUAUAGUACCUUUAGAACUUCUCUUGCAAACAAUUCUACAAAUCCUUGCUUUUGAAAAAUUCGAAAGCAGUCCUUAUUGUUAGUUUAUCGAAUAAAUCUGGGCUAGUAUUUUGUGUGGAGAUGUCCAAACAUCUAUGAAAAUUUAUUGUAGCACGGAUCAGAAGAGAAUUUAUUAUAUUUUAAAUCAGAUACCAUUUGAACUAAAACCUGUAAAUUAGCUCCGACACCACUGUCAGUGGGUUGAAUUUGGUGAGUGAAUUUCCGAUCAUUAGGAUGAAACAGAAUGCUUAUCGAUAAAUAAAAUUCAAUGAUACUAUAUGAACGAGCAAAAACAGUCCAUGAGAACGAAUUAUUAAUCUAAGCAGCCAUAUAACUUCAGAUUGAAGACAAGACCAGGAAAUAGACUUUUCCUAAUAGGACUUAAACUUAGCCUCUGCAUUUCAAAAAGUCAUUGGAUAGCCUUCAUCUGCUUAAGUAACCAUAGCAGCUUGACUGCUUCAAUUUUAGUGAUAAUCCAAAGAGUUCGACCAAUAUGUCCUUUCUUUCUAAACCUCAUAGAUUUCUAUUAUUACAUCGUGCUCAAACCGAAGCAGUAACUGUAACAUUACCGUUAGCCCUAUGAUAAUGUUUAUCUCAACGUUUGAUAGAUUAUCAACAGCUUGUUCUGUAUGUUAAUGUUAUUGACUUAGGUCAGUCUUCACAGAAACUCCUUAUAUAAAUUAUCCUUGGUUUAUUACAUUAACCACUAUUGCUUACAUUCUUAAUUUAUAGGAACCUUACUUUGACACAUCUUUGUUCCCAGAUCCAAUCGUAAUGAAUCAUCACAACUCUAGUAGGAAACUUGAACUAAAUAAGCAUUUUUAACAAUUUCUCAUUUACAUUUCAACUGUUAGAACCCAUAGAAAUACAAUACAUAUUCAUACAUUAGCGUAUAAUGAUGAUAAUAAACAAUCUUAAAUAUAGAUAGACACUUAUGGUCUAUUCAGACUGAUAUUUGUGUAAGCUAAAUAUGGAAUUUUUUGGUUUACAUGAUGAAUGAAUCAUCAAUAAAGGGUUGUUAAAUUAAAAUACCAACUAUAACAUGAGUAAUGAAAAUAAAAAAGUACACAUAAAGACAAUAUAUUUUAUACACAUCGUUCCCUUUAGCAUCUUUGUUCUUGCUCUCAUCAAAACUUCGUAUUUAUUUACCUGAUGUGAAAAGGACAAAAUAUGACCCGGUAAUAAGUGAAGGUCAAUGGGAGGCC